UAAAUUGCCGAAUAUACUAGUAUACCGGUAAACAUCUACGAAUACAUUACAUUGGAAAACUUUUCGUUUAAAGGCCGCACUUUUAGAAUGAACCGUAACAAUGCAUAUAUACUGAAAGGAUUAAACGAGGCACAGAUUUGGUUGAAUAGAACUUAUUAGUGGAUUACUGGCUGAAAUUGGCCAUUGGAAAUCUUGUUUGACGUGCAAGUCAUCGAAAGGCCAGAACCGAAAACUGCUACUAGUGUCGGAAACUUAUCUAUUUGAGAGGGGGGAAAGGUGCAAAGAAAAACGGCGAACUUGGAAAGAUAUUCACGGGAUUUGGCAGUGUUUCAUUAAUAUUACCAAUUCCUUGUGAUUAAUGAAUGUGCAUAUUUAUUAAAGGGCGUCAUUCUAUCGUACAUAUCUACACGUAAAAAGCCUCUUUUCUGUUGAUACUUGGAAGGCCAUUGCUCUUUUGGUUUACAAUUCUGUGACCUUGCUGGGGGAAAUGACAGACUGAUAAAGCAAAAUGGGCAAUCUGAAAUCUAAACUAAAACGCUCUAAGAGCAAAUCCAAAAAAUCAACCAAUCUGCCAGACUCCACUUCCACUAAAAAAGCGGUAGAUCCUCGCCUACCUUUUUCAAAUUAUCGACAGAUUUUUAAUAUUCGUAAUGGUUGGAAAUCUGUGUCCCGCGUGAUGGAGGAUACUGCAAAGGAGACUCUUAUCAGACUUUUAGAAAAACACCCUCAAUACAAGGAAAAAUACCCCAUGAUAGCAGGACUUAACACGGAAGAAGAAAUGAGGGAGAGUUUGGAGUUUGAGACCUACGCUAUGCAGAUUUUUGGAAUGUUUGACGAGGUCAUACAAAAUUUAGAAAAUGUAGACGCAGCGCUUGAUGAAAUCGAACACACCGGAAAACAACUUACUCCACAGCUAGUAACGGAUCUGGAGGAUUGCUUUAUGAACUCCCUACAUCUUGUGUUAGACGAACGAUAUACAGAGACAUUGCAAGAGAAUUACCGCCUACUGUACGGAUUCAUCAAGUCUAAUAUACCACAAGAUACGUAACAACUUAUAUAUUGUAAUGUUGCACCGAUUACCACAUCUAGUAACUCUACAUGUACAUGUAUUUGCAAUGCGUUCUCUCAUAGAAAGUGCGUUCUCUAGUUGAAUAUUUACUAUGAACUUUUCUUUUUGGUUACAAACAAUUUCUCUUAAGACUGAAUAUAAUAAUAAAGAUUGGCGUUUGUUUAAUAUGAGUAUUUAACAUUAUAUGAUAGCAUUGAAACUGUUUCUUCUCAACCUAUUUUACUAUGUGUAUAUGU